AUGGUAGCCUGCAGUGAUGUCAUCACUUUAACUGCUGAUUCAUUUGAAGAUAGCGUAAAGAAACAUGAUGUUACGUGUCCACAUUGUCAUACGUUCAUGCCGACAUACAAAGAAAUUGCAUCGAAACUAAAAAAAGAUGGAAUUGCAACAGCCAGGCUAAAUUGUGAAAAAUAUCAUGACAAGUGUGUACAUUAUGAUGUUAGCAGUUACCCAACUUUAAAGAUCUUUCAAAAAGGGGAAUUUUUCGCUGAUUACGAAGGUAACAUGGAGUCGGAGGAUAUAAUUGAAUUCAUGAGAAAAACUUCUGAAGAGAUUUAUAAAUCUUUCUAUAAAAGCCACUGUAAAAGAACUAUGAAUGAUCAUAUAAUAUUUGAUUAUACCAAAUAUACUCCGCGCGUGGUGACAACUUUGUGUGCAAGCAGUUACCAGGCCAGUCAAGGGUCGUUUGUUUACAUGACGUUUACAUGA